AUUGUAAAUGUUGCUAAACUUGUAAUUAUGAUACUUGUCCUAUUGCAUUCUUCUUCUACUUUCAGUGGCUUGCCAUCAGGACUCAAUUGUCUUCAACGGAAUUUUCCUUGCGAUCGUGGUUCUGGAAAACAUUAUAACUUUGGAAUUAAGUGUGGUGGUCCAAGGAUUGCAUCCUCUGAUGGAGUUGUGUUUGAGAGGGAUGAUCAAAUUCUUGGCCCGGCCUCAUAUUUUGUGAGUGACACAAACAGGUGGGCGGUCAGUAAUGUUGGAUAUUUUGCUGGGAACAAUAAUCCUCAAUAUACCAAGAAUUCAUCAUCUCAAUUUACAAACACUCUAGAUUCACAGUUGUUUCAGACAGCACGGACCUCUGCUUCCUCACUAAGGUACUAUGGAUUGGGGCUCGAGAAUGGCAAUUAUACUGUGAGCCUCCAAUUUGCAGAAAUUGUGAUUGAUGAUUCUACCACAUGGCAAAGUCUUGGGAGACGGAUUUUUGAUAUAUAUGUCCAGGGAAAACUUAAUGAUGGGAGAAUAAUUGCAGUGAAGCAAUUGUCUGUGGCAUCACGCCAAGGCAAGAGCCAGUUUGUUACAGAAAUAGCUACUAUAUCUGCUGUGCAGCAUCGAAACCUUGUCAAACUACAUGGUUGCUGCAUUGAAGCAGAUCAACGCCUGCUUGUUUAUGAGUAUCUUGAAAACAAGAGCCUAGAUAAGGCACUAUUUGGAAAAGGAAGUUUGAACCUCAACUGGCAAACACGUUAUGAUAUAUGCUUGGGAGUAGCUAGAGGUCUGGCUUAUCUUCAUGAAGAGUCAAGGCUUCGAAUUGUACACCGAGACGUAAAGGCCAGUAACAUUUUGCUGGAUUCUGCUCUGAUCCCCAAGAUUUCUGAUUUCGGUCUAGCGAAACUUUAUGAUGAUACGAAGACCCACAUAAGCACCCGUGUUGCCGGGACAAUUGGUUAUCUUGCACCAGAGUAUGCAAUGCGUGGACACCUUACUGAGAAGACUGACGUGUUUGCCUUUGGUGUUGUGGCUCUAGAAGUUGUCAGUGGGAGAGCUAAUUCUGACUCGAGCUUGGAGGGAGAGAAGAUGUAUCUUCUUGAAUGGGCUUGGCACCUAUAUGAAAACAACCGUAAAGUUGAACUAAUUGACUCUAAUAUAUUAGAAUUUGACGAAGAAGAAGUGAAAAAUGUCAUAGGAGUAGCCCUUUUGUGCACUCAGACAUCUCCAAUGCAAAGGCCAUCAAUGUCUCGUGUGGUGGCUAUGCUUUCUGGAGAUAUUGAAGUGAGCAGAGUAACUUCAAAGCCUGGAUACUUGACUGGCUGGAAAUUUGAUGACACAACAAGCUCUAUGAGUGAUCAAGCUGCAAGAGCAGUUGAUACCAGCCAUCAUACCACAUCAACAAGCACAAGUAUGGUGGCUGACGUAGAGAACCUGCCAGAAAAGGCUACUGAACCUAUGCUUCAUAAUAUUUUGGGAUAGGGCAGGUGAUUUCAUAAUCCUAUCCAUUCAUCUGUUCUU